AUGUUGUCGUACCGUCUGAAAAGGACGUGCGCCUCACAGGUGAGAUCUCGCUACCACAACUACUACCGCCACUCGCUGUCCGCUCCGGAGAGCUUCCACCUGCCUGGCGAGGCGCCCGUUUCCUAUAUUUCCACUCUUGAUCUUGAUUAUUUGGCCGAGUGCGGCGUUCAAGAACCACAUUAUGCGAAGGUAUUUCUAACCGUAUGGAAGCUCUUCCUGUUUUCGUAUCUUUGGGAGCGGAAGCUUUGUGCUUUGAUCAGAGCUAUUUAGAUGUCCGAUUUAUCUAGGAUCUGAUGCAUUUUUCAACUUUUGGGACCGGAGCCGUGAAAUUCGGAGAGCUUGCAGAAAUCAGAAUUCAGACUAAUUUGGAAGUUGAUGUAUACCCAAUAGAAAAGGAAUUAUUCGAAGCUGAUACAGACCAAACUGUGAAGACUUUGUGAAUUUGACAGUGCACAGUUCUGGGCUGUUGUAAAAGUUGCAAAAAGUCCCUCGUUCCACUGAAGAAGUGUCCGUAACUCAAUCCGCUCGUCCCUUUCUCAAAAAUCACUAAUUUCCGGACGGAUUCUGACCGAAGACUCGCCGACUCUUCAUCUCUCUCUCUCCCUUUUCUAUUUCUGAUCCAGCUUUAUGCUCACUCAUUUUUUGCUGGUGCUCCUCCGGCUCUGCUCCGGGAUUAGAGUCCUUUCACACGAAACUCCACCCGUGACACCCAACACAAUUGAGUUUGGUUCGCGGUGAGAAAGAGAGAGAGAGAGAGAGAGAGAGAGAGGGAAGGAUGGCAUUAUUGAAUCAAUCCGAGAAGAGCUUUUGACUUUCCAUUCCCAUCCCAUCACUCGCUAUUCUUUCUUUCGCUUUGUGCUGAAAUGGUGAGACUGAAGGUAAGACCCACCACCACAAAAAAAACUAGAUGACGUCAAUUGGAAUAAGGGGAGGAUGAGCGAGAAAUCAAAUUUGGAAGGGCCGCCUCACGGCCAAAACACCUUCCAUUGCUCUUUUUUUUCUAUUUUUGGACGUUUUUCUAGGUUUCUAAGCGUUGUAACUCGAUCCUAAUGUGAUGAUGGGCGAAGACUUGAAUCCUUAGAAGAAACAGAAAUAUUUGAUAUGCCAAUAGAAUUAGAGACAAUAAAGAGUGGUUUUUUUGGUCUUUGAGAGCUAGAGCCCGAGCAACUUUUUCCCCGAGAAUCUGUUCGUUUAAUGUGAAAAUGUGAUGGCUCUCGAGUUAUUUGGGCUCAAAACUCGCGCGCGUGAGCGGAAAUAUCGGAUGACACCCCCCGAGUUAGCGAUUCUUCCUCAUCUAGAAUUCACUCGUAACGUCGUCUGCUGCUCGGUGUUUUCGAUAAGAUAAACUGAUAAUUCCCCUCUUUUUCUCAUGUUUUCAAGUGUUUCUAAAGCGGCCAAGGUCAGUUUUGUUGGGUUUAGAGAUGUGAGGAAAACUGAACGAAUUGAAGGUCCAGGCAAACAAUGCGGAGAGUUCUAGGAAGCAGCAUGUAGAGGUUUGGGGGAAAAUUGGUCAAAUUUUGACGAGAUUCUCAUUAUAUUGCUUCUUUUAAAUCCAUUGUUUUCAGCGCCUCCAAGCCGAAGAAAACGCGGCGGCACAAGCGGCGAACAUGGAUCGCCGCGUGGCAUUCCGCCCACCGCCCAUCGGAGAAUCUCGGAACACGACAAUCACGCACGAGUCCGGUCCGAUGAACCCGUGGGAACUUUCUUUUCUCAUUCUCUCCUUCUUCCAGGCACCAACGCGGACGCUUACAUGCGGCUCAACGUUGGCGGAAAAUCCUAUUUUGUUCGCGCCGAACUCUACACUGCCGAAUGGACCCGAAUGCAUGAGUUGUUGGAUUCGUCACACGAGGACAGGUCGGUUGUAGUCAGUCUAAAGUACAAUAGUUGUUAUGAUCGGCCGAUUCAGACUCAAAAUGGUCGAUGGUUUCGACGAGAGGACUGGCGAAUAUUAUCUGGAGAGAAACACCAAGUUGACCGAUCAUGUAAUGGACUUCUUUGUGACCGGAAGUCUGCAUAAACCGCAGAAUAUUUGUGUGGAGAGGUUCAAAGAAGAGUUGGAGUACUGGAGGAUUAAGACGGAUCAGGUAGCUCAAACAAACUGCUCGUAGCUCAAUAUCUGAUUCACCCCUGUUCAGUUGUCCACUUGCUGCCAAAUCCCAAACGAACACUGCCGUCAGUUGUCCCGUGGCACUUCUUUCAAUGAAGAUGACUACGUGGCGGACUUUGACGGAGCCUGUUUUGCGGGACCUCGUCUGGCCAUGUGGCGCUUCCUGGAGGACCCCCAAUCGUCCGUGUUCGCUGCCGCCUUCGCCCUCAUCUCCGUCUUUUUCGUCUUCGCCUCCGUCGUCGGACUCAUUCUCGGCUCGAUGCCCGAGUUCCAGGCAGACUCGUCCAAUGCGGCCGCCUAUCACGUUAUGCACGUCCGGAGCCGGCCCAACGAUCUAGGAAACAAGUUUGGCAACAAUGACGAGGUGGCUCCGAACGAGCUGCUCAAAGAUUUUGUGUACAAAGCCACCGACUCUCCGAAUCUUCCGCUCACUAUUCUCGAGUACAUUUGCAUUGGAUGGUUCACUUUUGAAUAUUUAGUCAGGUAACACGUGGCAGUCACUUGUUUUCAUCGUUUUCUCUCGAAUUCAGAUUCGUCAUCUACCCCCGAAAACGGCAAUUCGUCAAGAAGACCCUCAACAUCAUUGAUCUCUCGACAAUCCUCCCGUUCUAUCUCGAAAUCUGUCUUCCGCUGUUCGGUGUGGAAUCGAGACUCAAAGAGUUUACAGGUAGGUACGGUUAUCCACAGACUGUAAUGUUGGUGGCCACAAAAAGCAUGUGAACCAUUCCAGGCGUUACCUCAGGAUGGCCUUUUCUGGGUAAGAGUCCUCGAACAAUGAUUCCAUAACAUGUUUAUGCAUUUAUUACUAAUUGAGAUCACUAACAGAAUGAUCGCAUGAGAAAGUCUAAACGGAAAAGGGGAAAGAGUUGAGCGAUGGAAGAUAUUUUUUAUUUCAGGAGCAAUGCUCGUGGUUCGUGUGCUCCGUGUGCUCCGAAUGGCUCGAGUGUUCAAGCUGGCCAGAUACAGCACCAGUCUCCAGGUAUCCUUACUUAAAAGAAAAAAAAGCGGACUCACCUAAAACUUGCAGACAUUCGGUCACACUCUGCAGUCGUCGAUCACCGAGCUGAGCAUGCUGAGCAUGUUCCUCAUCACCGGCAUCGUCUUCUUCUCGACAAUCAUGUAUUACCUGGAGAAGGACGAGCCGCACACCGAUUUCUACAGUAUCCCGGCCGGCUGCUGGUGGUGUGUGUAAGUGAUAAUUACUCCGGACACGGAACCCAAGGGGCAUGCACAAUCUCUGUCCAAUUGCAGGGUCACAAUGGCUACUGUAGGAUACGGAGACGCGAAGCCGGUUACCACCCGUAAGCCCGGAUAGUUUGGUCAUUUCGUUUCGUAUUGGACAACUUUCAGUUGGAAAACUGGUGGCUACAUCCACCUCGAUAUGCGGAAUCAUCGUGUUGGCGUUCCCGAUUUCGAUGAUCGUGGAAAAGUUUGCGACGGCUCAGCAGAGAGCGAUUGAGGAUCAGCAAAUUCAGCAAGGUACGUGUCAUUUGUCUUUUUUUUCCGGUUAGCUAGAUUUCAGAAGUUUCAGACGUGAUGCUUUGA